AUGGAGGGGACACUGUUGACACCGGGGGAUGGAAAGAGGCAGAAGAGGGUGAGGUUCCGGGUGGCCUCAGGGAAUAGCGGGCGGGUUUUGAAAGAGAUGUUUAAGGAUGAAGGGCCAUCAGAUUCCCUGGAUUCAGACUGUACCAGCAGCUCAGAUGCAGACCGGGCCAGCACCCCAUCCACCACCAGCACUGAGGUUAAUGGCCUCCUGUGUGGAUAUUUGGCAUCGGAGCUGGACGACAGUGGAAGUGAACCUGACGAUCUGCUAAUGUUUGCAGGGGGGAGAGACAAGGACAGAGUGUUGAGUACCAAACGAGUGAAUAUUCUCAGUAAAAAUGGGACAGUUCGAGGAGUCAAGCAUAAAGUCAGUGCUGGCCAAAUUCUCUUUGAUAACCUGACUAAAAACAAUGGGGUAAAACUGACUCUAGAAUUUGGGCGAAUUGUAAUCUACACCACCAGUUUUCGAGUGGUCAGGACUACAUUCGAGCGAUGUGAGCUAGUCCGAAAGAUCUUUCAGAACCACAGUGUGAAGUUCAUGGAGAAGAACAUUGCCUUGGAUAGUGAGUAUGGGAAGGAACUAGAAACACGCUGUAAACGAGUGGGUGAACCUCCCUCACUCCCUAUGGUAUUCAUCGAUGGACACUACCUAGGGGGUGCAGAGAAAAUACUUGAAAUGAAUGAGUUAGGGGAGCUUCAGGACCUCCUAACCAAAAUUGAGAGAGUACAGCACCCUGACACUUGCCAGACGUGUGGGGGAUUCGCCUUUGUCCCGUGCCCUAUGUGCCAUGGCAGCAAAAUGUCUGUGUUCCGCAACUGCUUCACCGACUCCUUCAAAGCCCUGAAGUGCACAGCAUGCAACGAGAACGGUCUUCAGCCCUGCUCCAGCUGUUCUCACUUGGGUCCUCUUCAAGUGCCUGCCACCUCCUCCCAGCAUCUCUAAACCCAGAAGCCAUGUAAAGAACUACAGAGAUGUGGAUAAACUGUUUUUUUUUUUUUUUUUUUUUUAUAUUAACGAAAAUUGUAUGAGUCCACAGAUGUAGUUUGUAACAUAUUUGUAAUUUGAUGAUGGUUAUUUAUUACAGCAUAGGCUUUUUGACAAAUGCCAACAGAUGCCACAGUUAAAUAACUGGCAACAUUACCUAUUCCAACAGCAUGGAUAGUGUCUGUCACUGUAAAUAAAUAUAGCAAUUAAGGAAAUAAACUACUGUCACAGGCUCAGAGAGGGAUCAUAUUUCCAAGCUUCCCAGCAUGAGCCCAAAUUCAAAGCAUUACCUGAUAAACAUCACAGUGGGUUGUGCUGUUUCCUACUGAGGUGAUUCAAUUGAUUGUACAAAAACAAAAACAAAACAAAAAAACAAGGGACCACAGAAUAAGCCACAAAUGACACAUUUCAUUAUUUGCCUGUCGAUCACGGAUUUCUCACUAUGUUUGCAUUAAAUUAUCAUUUAAUUAUUACCUGACAUUGAAAGAACAUGACCUAAUGUCUGUAUGCAUCUGUAAUUGGCAAUUUACCACCAAUUUCACUCUGACCUUAUGUAGGGUUUAUUAAAACAUACACAAAUAGAUUACAUUUAAAAAAGAAUUAAAGAGAGACAACGAUACCACAACAGUGCAUCUCAAUGAUAUCCUAUACAGAAUAAUCACUGAUUGUGAUACUUGAGGUUGUCAGAAAUCCUUCGUUUUGGUCUGGAAGUGUCUCUGUGC